AUGAGCAGCAUCGCGGCCGUCGGGGAGAGUUACCAGAAGUUCAACCCCAGAGCCUACCUCCAAAACAACUACAUGCCCCCCCGGGCCAACUUCAGCUCCGAGGACUGCGUGGUACCCUGGAAGCUGCGGUGCCUGGCCGACGCCUUCGCCACAGGUGACAUCUACGGCCGCACCCUGAUCGACGUUGGCUCCGGCCCCACCAUCUACCAACUCCUGAGUGCCUGCGACCACUUCGAGGAGAUCAUUGCCACCGACUACCUGGAGGUGAACCGGGAGGUGCUGCGCCGGUGGGUGCAGGACGAGCCUGACAGCUUCGACUGGAGCCCGUACAUCAAAUACGUCUGCCGGAUUGAGGGCAAAGGAGAGCAGUGGAAGGAGAAAGAGCAGAAGCUGAGAAGGAAACUGAGGCAGAUCCUGUCCAUCGACGUCCACCAGCCCGAGCCGCUGGGCUCCCAGCUGCGCCAGCCAGCCGACGCCCUGGUCUCCACCUUCUGCCUGGAGGCGGUAAGCCCCGACCGGCCGAGCUUCGAGAGAGCCCUGCAUAACGUCACCACCUUGCUGCAGCCCGGGGGCCACUUCCUCCUCAUUGGCGCCCUGCAGGAGACUUUCUACCUGGCCGGCGAGGCCAAGCUCUCGGUGGUGCCGGUGAGCGAGGCCGACGUCAGGGAGGCCUUGAGCAAGAGCGGCUACCACAUCCACGACUUCCGAACCUACCUCAUGCCGCCCAGCCUGAAAAUCGGCGUGGAUGACGUGAGUGGGGUCUUCUUUGUCCACGCACAGAAGGCCGUGGUCUGAGGCCCGUAGCGAGGCAGGCCUGGGCAAUCCUCUUGUUCUUUGCUAAGAUGCAUGUCCCACAGCAGAGUGAAGCUUGGUAGCUAGAAAUGCAAUAGAUGCCUCCAUCCUAGGCAGAUAACCUGAGAUGCUGCGUGAUUCUCCUUAGCACCCCCUCCACCAGAGCUCUUCUCCUUUGCAUGUGGUAGCUGAUUUAGCAGUGAAGGGGUUAAAUAAAACUGGAGGCAGGUGGAUUAGCUGGUUCUCUGAGAGUCUCUUCAUUCAUAAAUUCUAGGCUUCUAUUAACGGCAGGUCCUGUUCCCCUGUGUCUGUGUGGCUUGAGCAGCUACUGGAGUAGCAAGCAGGGCUGGCUUGCUGUAGCACCCAGGUUCUCCUUGUGCCGUACAAACAGAGUGAAAUCCUACUUGGGGCAUGCAUUUCUAGAGCCCCUCCCUAUCGGCUCUGGGUGCUUUUACAGCACAUCGGGGGGUUCAAAAUGCUUACAUCAUGCAAUUAAUCUGCAUACCAGCCUGUGAAGCAGCUCUGCCUUACCACCCUUGUUUUAUAAACAGGGAAACUGAGUCACAGAAACUAAGUUAGAGUCAAGUUAGAGAGCGAGAGCUGGGAUUAGAACUCAGCCAAUUCCUGAUCCUGCGCUCAAUGCACUAGUUUCUCUCUCUCCACAUCGAUUUACAUGACAUGCAGCCACCUCUGGGGCAGAACUCAGCAGCUGCUAAAGGGCAGACAGUAACAUUCCACAAGAGUUUAGAACAGGUAAUGAAAAACCACCUCCCACUCCCUCUGAAAGUGAAGAGGAAGCAGGAGGCAGGCAGAAUAUAAAUGACCCAAUCUGGAAUUUCACUGUAGAGGGAGAAGACAAAACCUAGCCGAGGUAGAAUUUCAGCAGGAUUCCAACUUCAGAAUUAGCACAAUUUAGUUUUGGUACCAAUCCCAUCUGCUGAAGAAUUUUAGUAGGAACCCCAGAUAAUUUAGGCCCAACAGUUAGAAUUUUACUGUAUGUUUAAAAAAAAACUUUCAGAGAACCUAAUAAUGCUGAGAUGUUUUUAUGAUUUCCACUGCACUUUACCUAGAUAUUUAUUGUGUGGCUAUAGAUACGUAUUCCAUGCUGUUCUCUGAAAGCUACACACUCUGCCUGUUUUACUGCAUGAGAAUCCAGUGAAAAUAAAAGCUGUAAAAUCAAGGCAAACAGCUGCCUAGAUUCACUCUGAGUUGGGGAAGUGUAAACGUUAAACAAACAGCCUACAAAGCAGAUGCGAGUCUAUAUUUAAGGAAUCCCAAUGUGGUUAAUAGAGGAUGUUGAAUUUGGAACCAACCCUUUAAAGAAAUUUUUUUGGGGAAAAAUAGGUCUUUCCCCAAGGUGGGGGGCACAGUAACCCCACAUUGACCCUCUCUAGUAAAAAACGAUUUGGAAGCCAAGGGUGGGAUUUUAUGGUGCUGAAGUGAGUAAAGAACAUCACCCUUGGGCGGUCUCUCUAAUUUCCUCUCGGGGCUGCAGCAGCACGCGUGGGACCUGCAGGUCACAUUGGUGAGGCAGCUUAAAGCCACAGCAUCUUUCAGAGGCCUGACUCCGUGCCCCACAACGUCACUGAAAGUGGACGUGGCAACUCCUCAGCCCCAUGGGAAGUCAGUCUGACGGGCUGUCUCUUUACUGCUUCCCCCCAGCUCAUGCUCCUUUGUCACCAGGCACAAAUACCUGCCUUGGAGCGUGCCAUAAAAACAGCAGGGUUGGUAAUGACGUCACCACUUCUUUAACCAUUGGGUCACAAUGGCGCCAGGCUGGCUCCAUUCUCCUAGGAGGCUAGUUAGUUCAUGCAGCUGGGAGCGGGGAAGGAAUUCAAGGCCUCAAGGGAGCAUUCACUCUAAAUCCAAUCCCCGCCCCAGCCGCAGCGCAGAGGGAUUUAGGCUCGUGCGUGAGGCCAGUGAGUGUAACGUUACUAUCCAGAGAUCUGACAUCACACCCGUCGGCACAGUUUGUAACCGGGGGGGGGGGGACAGGACAGCAAGCCCCGUUCAAGGGAUUAACUUCCACCUAACCUCCUUGGUGAUCACUUUCCCUGGGAGGCAGAAGCUAGGUCUAGCUGCAUCAUUGCUGUGCCCAGUGACAGCCCCCCAACUUGGAAGAGAGCGCACAAGCUGUGUUCAAUAAAGCCAUUACUUUUAUUUACAGCUCUUGCAUCCUUAGGCACACGAGUUUCCCCAUGGCCUGACUGCCAGGUGCUCCCUCACAUCUCAUCAGCCUCAGCCCAGGAAAGCACAGGUCAGAGUCCAGCUACCUUGGAGUUGCUGAUUUGAUCAUAGCUUUCUGCCUCAUCUAAAGAGUAUCAUAACCGUGCCAUCCAAUCCAAACGCUGGGAAGGUCAGUAAUAUGGGCCAGGCUUUAUCCAAAGAGCAUAAGCUGAAAUCUGUGACUGCAGCUGGGUCUCCUGGCUGACCCUCAGCCAUGCGGUUUAGAGGAUGGGGGCCAGGAGAGUGGCUGGGAUCCUACUCUAAUCAGGUUUCCUGGUAGGAAGCCCAACCCUGCUCCCAACUGCAGUGGGUCUGUCCAUUGUUAACGACGGGAGGUCCGAGAGCUACCACCACCAACCCCACUCCAGUUCCCAUCUCACCCUCACUUCUUCCAGUCAAUUCUCCCUCUAUCCCAACCCAGUAACUCCUGGACCUGAUUCCCGAUAGAGGUGGCUGCUUCCUGGCCUGGAGUUCGAUGCCAUGACCCUCCCAGCCCCGCUCCCCAGCUGGCCAUGUGACAGUACUCCACUUAAUUCAGGAUUUGAGGCAGAGAGGGGAUUAAAGAGUGGUCAUUAUUCAUAUUUUUGGCAACUCCAAAUGGUUUUUCUUUUAGACGGAGAUUUGGGGGCAAAAAAAUCAACAGAUGAAGAGAAUGCAGAUUAUUAGAUUAAUUACAAUUUUGUUCUCAGAGAACCCAGGACAACAAUACUGGCAAAGGUUUGUUUGCACCAUUUGCAAUAAUUGCCGACUUGACCCAAGUCUAAUACAAUUCAUUGAUCACGCUCCAAAGGGCUGAUUUAAGAAGUGAAACAGCAAUAGAAUACACGUCAGUCACAUUCACAUCCCCAUACGACAGGUGUGGGGGCUGCAGAGUGACAGAAAAUCUGCCCCCACUCCCUUAUUACCAUGAUAUAUACAGAUUAUCCCAACCCAUCACCUGUAUAACCAGAAAAGGAAAUAUUCUCGGAAACGGAGGAGGAAAAAGAAACCCACAAAUCUACACUCUCCCCUUCCCCCGCAGCAAAGCAGCUGCUCCCACCCACAGCACUUUCAGGUCACCUUCAGGAAAUUGUUACCAAGCCCAGCUGAAGUGGCUGGCAGGGCCGAUGCCAGUAGAAUGUCCGGUCAUUUUCCAUGUGAAAAACAGAUGCCAGGCUCUGGUGACAGCGCCGAGGGUGAAUGGACAGCGAGUGAGCACACAAUGUGCUGCGUUGGCUGGGAGCUAUCUGGGGACGACGUGCUGUUUGUUUUCUACUUCUAAAAUUACACCCUGGGACGUUUCAGU